AUGGUUCUUAUUCGAUGUUUAAAAUAUCGACUACAAGCUAAUUUUCAAGAUGAAAAUUAUAAAGUUGCCUUAGGACUUGAUCUUAAUUGUGCUCAACCAUCUAUAUCACCAAUACCAUUAUAUCAAGAAAUUUUACCACCAGCUGAUAUUGAACAAGCUCGUAGUGAUAUAACACGUAUAAAUGAUGUAAUGAAAACAAUAUCAAGUAUUUUAUAA